CAUAAUGGGUAUAUUCGAAUUAAUAAAACUAAACUCCAUUCGUAGAUUUGUUGAUAAAAAUGCAACCACGUCAAUGCAUUGUCAUAAAUAGGCGCUCCGCCAUAGCGCUGAUCGUUAUAUUCGUGUUGAAUGGCAUCAAGAACAGCGAGACGGCCAGCGGUGGCAACCAAAUGGAUUUAUCCGAUGCAAAGGGCGAUCACAAGGACAACAGCAACGCCAGCAAUAAUAAUAAUAAUAAUAACAAUGACAACGAGGUAUUUAUGCCCGCGCUGGGCAAUAUGGUUUCAAAAGCAUCCACCGACAACAUAACCACCUACACCAGCAGCAGCAGCAACAACAACAACAACAACAUGCUUUGUCCAUUCGAUAGGGAGACGCCCUGCGACAAACUGCAGUUCCCCUGCAUACGAUGCAGCUACAAUUAUGGCUGCUACUACGGACGCGAGUUGAACGUCACCUGCGAGGCCAUCACCAAUGUGCAGUGCCAGGGCGAGCGAACGUUUCAGCGCCAGAUGAGCUGCCGCUACUGCUACCAGACGGAGCUCUGGCAGCAGAGCUGCUUGCAGCGUGCAAAUUGCAAUAAAUUCUAUCGCACCAAUUGCACCGUCCACCAGGAUGUGCUCUGCCUGGGCAAUCGCUCGUUUACGCGCAAUCUAAAAUGCAACUGGACGCAGGGCUAUCGCUGGAGCACAGCGCUCCUGAUAAGCCUCACACUGGGCGGCUUUGGUGCAGAUCGCUUCUACUUGGGCCACUGGCAGGAGGGCAUUGGCAAGCUGUUCAGCUUCGGUGGCCUCGGCGUUUGGACCAUCAUCGACGUUCUGCUCAUUUCAAUGCACUAUCUGGGCCCAGCCGAUGGCUCUCUCUAUAUUUAGGAUAACUCUGUGAUAGGUUUAAGGACUGUUAGCAUAGAAUAUAAGAAGCACAUUUAUUGCUUAACAAUACAACAAUGACUCGAGACUA